AUUCAAAGGCCAACAACAAAACAACCCCCCAAAAAAUAAGAAUUUGCCUUCAAUAAAAAUCCAAACUUCCAACUAUUAACAGCCCCUGCCAAAAAUGUAUCAUUAAUUCAAUGACGUUAUAUUCUUUGUUGGAGCCACGUUGCUCCGCACAUGACAAACAGGUGUGUCUUUUACGUUAGACAAUUUUACAGACAAUCUGCCUCCCACCUGUCUGGGAAGUGAACCAUUUUCCAUCUUUCGUUUGGCCAUUUUGGCCAAGGGGAAGUGUACAUUUUGCUUCUGUCAUGUAAUGUUGAUUUGACCUAAAUUAACGUCAGUGGCCUUGCCUUGAAUGCCCCCUAGAGGGCGCUGAUGUUUUCGCUUUUGUCCUAAAACGCGAGAGAAUCAUUUUUUUUUGCGCUGGGAUGGCCUCCAGGACGCCCGCGACCCGAGCGAGGAGAAGCAGGAGUGAUGCCAGUGCCUGAGGUGUUGUCUGACACUGCCAGCGCUGCCACCAUGAUGAGCCCUGUCCUCAAUGCCUCCAACGGGGAUGGAUCAGAGUCAGAAACCACCUCCGCCAUCUUGGCCUCUGUCAAGGAACAGGAGUUGCAGUUUGAACGUCUCACGAGGGAACUGGAAGCCGAACGACAGAUUGUUGCCAGUCAGCUGGAGAGAUGCAAGCUGGGCUCUGAGGCUGGAAGCAUGACAAGCAUCAGUUCGGCAGAGGAGAAAUUUCGCUGGAACAACCAAGAUGGACAGAAGGACAUAGAGGAGGAGCUGACAACAGGCCUGGAGUUGGUGGACUCCUGUAUCAGAUCGCUCCAGGAAUCAGGCAUCUUAGACUCGCAGGACACCUCUACGGGAGAUCGACAAGGACUUCUCUCACAUAGCGCUCUGCAGCUCAACAACCAGGAUGCCUAUGCAGCUGCCGGUUACCAUAGUAACCAAGCCAUGGCGCUUGGCGAAGUGGUCACGGGUCGCGGCGGACAUGUUGGCGGGGCUGUUCACAGCUACAACCAGGUGACGUCCAGCCGGGCAGCUGCCCAAUUGAUGGGGACAGACUCUCCAUCCCAGUCCCAUAGAGAUUCAUUUGCCCAACAGGCCAUUGGAAGCGCCUUCCACAUGCCCAGUGAGGGUGGACCUGCGCUUUCUGGACCAUCCAUGUAUUACUCCUGUGCCACCUUGCCUGCACAGCGUGUCAGCUCCCCUCUGCAGGUGAUGGGCUCUCCUACCAAGCUGCAGCGCCUGGGUUCAGCCUCCUCCGACAUGCCCAGCUAUGCCACAUUACAGCGGGUGUCGUCGCCCAAAAAGUCGCCAAGUCGUCUUGCCAAGUCCUACAGCACCUCAUCACCCAUCAACGUGGGGCCACCGGGCGGCGGUGGCCCCUCCUCCCCACUUUCCAUGGGAGCCCCAUCAGGAGGAAAUCACACCUUGUCGCCUAUCCACCAACUGAGCUCAGUAGUGGGCAGCUACGCCACCUUGUCGCCCACCAAGCGCAUGCUGCAUCACAUCGGAGGAGAAACAUACAAAAUUUCCCAUGAGCUGUACGCAAACGCAACCCUGAAAAGGCCUGGGAGCCUGGCAGGCUCCAGAGGUUCUUACAGCAGCCAGCACAGCCACCUGGGCUCUGAGUUGCGAGCGCUGCAGUCUCCUGAGCACCACAUCGAUCCCAUCUACGAAGACAGAGUUUACACCAAACCCAACCUAAGAGGACAAGUGGUGAACCAACUGUACCAAGAGGUCCUCAACUAUCUGCUCUGUCCCUAUACUUUAGCCCCACAUUCCCCCGGUGUCGACCCAAUCCCCUUGCAGCGAACGGGAAGCCAGAGUGCCGCCUCCACCUUCCAAAGAGGCAGCUUCGCUACAGGAGGUGGACCUGACUACAGCAACCCAUACCGCACGUUGCAGUUCUGCCCGUCCACCGAGUCGCCUUACAGCAAGUCAGGCCCGGCCCUCCCUCCCGAAGCGACCCUGGGUCGCUCUCCAUCUGUGGACAGCAUCCAGAAGGACCCGAGGUACGACCCUGAAUUCCUUGUGUGGAAUCAAAAUCAAGCCGAGCAAAGAAUGACAAAAGAGUUUGGUUGGAGGGAUCCAGAGCUGCCUGAGGUGAUCCAAAUGUUACAGCAUCAGUUCCCAUCAGUCCAGUCUAACGCUGCCGCCUACCUCCAACACCUCUGCUUUGGAGACAACAAGAUCAAGUGUGAGAUCCGGCGACAGGGCGGCAUCCAGCUUCUGGUGGAUUUGCUGGACCACCGUAUGACUGAUGUGCACCGCAGCGCCUGUGGAGCUCUCCGGAACCUGGUCUACGGGAAGGCUAAUGACGAUAACAAGAUUGCACUAAAAAACUGCGGAGGAAUACCUGCUCUGGUCCGACUUCUCCGGAAGACCACAGACGUAGAGAUCCGAGAGCUCCUUACAGGUGUCUUAUGGAACCUCUCGUCAUGUGACGCUCUGAAAAUGCCUAUCAUCCAGGAUGCCCUUGCUGUUCUGACCAACGCUGUGAUCAUCCCUCACUCGGGCUGGGACACCUCCCCUCAUACGCAAGAAGACCGCAAAUUACAUCUCCACUCCUCCCAGGUCCUCCGCAAUGCCACCGGCUGCCUCCGCAAUGUAAGUUCUGCAGGUGAGGAGGCCCGCAGGAGGAUGAGGGAGUGUGAGGGUCUGACAGACGCGUUGCUGUACGUUAUCCAGACUGCGCUGGGGAGCAGUGAGAUUGACAGCAAGACUGUUGAGAACUGUGUGUGCAUCCUGAGGAACUUGUCGUACCGUCUGGCUGCAGAGACAUCUCACAACCAACAAGGGGGUUCUGAGGAGCUUGACGGUCUGUUAUGUGACACUGGUGGGAAGGACGCAGAGAGUUCGGGAUGCUGGGGCAAGAAGAAGAAGAAAAAGAAGGGACAUGACCAGUGGGAUGGUGUAGGUCCAUUUCCAGACUUGGCGGAGCCCCCAAAAGGCAUUCAAAUGUUAUGGCAUCCCAGUAUUGUCAAGCCCUACCUCACCCUGCUAUCUGAAUGCUCCAACCCAGACACCCUGGAGGGAGCAGCUGGUGCUCUGCAAAACCUUGCUGCUGGGAGCUGGAAGUGGUCAGUCUAUAUCCGGGCUGCAGUGCGUAAAGAGAAGGGCCUCCCUAUCCUUGUGGAGUUACUGAGGAUAGACAAUGACAGAGUGGUCUGUGCCAUUGCCACUGCAUUGAGGAACAUGGCUCUGGAUAUCCGAAACAAGGAGCUUAUUGGUAAAUAUGCCAUGAGGGACCUGGUCCACCGAUUACCUGGUGGCAGUAACAACAACAACAGCAGUAGUGGUGGAGGAAGUGGCAGUGGUGGUACCAACAGUUGCGGUCUAGUGGGAAAGACCAUGUCGGACGACACGAUCACAGCUAUCUGCUGUGCUCUGCAUGAGGUCAUCACCAAAAAUAUGGAGAACACCAAGGCCCUGAGGGACGCCGGGGGCAUAGAGAAGCUCAUUGGUGUCGCCAGAAGCAAAGGAGACAAAAUUCCCAGACAUAGUCCCAAAGUAGUGAAAGCAGCUUCUCAAGUUCUGAACAGCAUGUGGCAAUACAGAGACCUGCGCAGCCUUUACAAAAAGGAUGGCUAUUCUCAAUACCACUUUAUCGGCUCUUCUUCCACAAUAGAAAGGGACAGGCAGCGGCCUUAUUCUUCUUCUCGUACGCCGUCCAUCUCUCCUGUACGGACCUCGCCAAACAAUCGAUCAGCAAGCGCGCCAGCUUCACCGAGGGAUAUGUUGGCGUUGAAGGAGAGGAAGGCCGACUACGAACUGAGCGGCAACGCCACCUACCGCGGCAACAAGGGUGAACACACAUCCCGCAAGGAUGCCACGAUGGGUCAACUCUCCAGUGGUUCUUCAACUCUCCACAGAGGAGCAUAUGUGUCACCGACUGAAGACCUGAAGUAUAAUCAGGUCUCCUCUCAAGGAUUGCCUUCAGAGCCCUACCCGCCUUUCCAAAAUCCUCCCCCAAAUGACAGCAGCAACUAUGAGGACCAGGCCUUCUACGAGACCCAGGUUCAUGCAGGGGGGCGGCCCCCGCAAGGUGAACUCAACAUGCACUUGCAGGGCCUGAAGUCCACCGGAAACUAUGUAGACUUCUACUCAGCCUCUCGGCCCUACAGUGAGCUCAACUAUGAGACGAGCCACUAUCCGGCCUCGCCAGACUCCUGGGUCUGAGGGGAGCGGAGAUGAGGGAGGAACAGACGACGAGGUUGAAUAGUCUAAAACAUAAAGUAGGAAAGAUACCCUACCUCCCUGUUCUUUAGUUCCUAAGUAGCAUCAUAGGUAGCAGGACAUCAAAGUGCAAGAUGAUGACCAAGAGAGGAUGAAGAAAACAACUGAACGGACGCGAAACUCCUUCCAGAGACUUUCAGAGGAGGAGGAUCAGGAGGAGGCAAAGAAGGACCAGAGGGCGGCGGAAAAGAGGCCUUGCAUGUGCAUGCACACCACCAACAAACCUGACAGACAUUUCUUUCUGUGUUUAGUUUGUGACCAAACUGCUAGAAAGCCCGGCAGAUUGAAAUCUAAAGAUGUGCUGCGCUUGAAGGCCGGUGGAUACGGAAUGUGAGGGGCGAAGACGUGAAUAUUGAGUCACAAGUAAAAGGAGUGGGAAAUAUAUCGAGGUGAAUUUGAAUGAGGAACGAGGGAAAAUGGAAAAAGCAUGAAAGAUUCCUGAAAGCGUAUGGAAUGUGUCCCGGGUAGCUGAGAGAAAUGUUUGUACAUAUGUGAUGUAGUAACAUGGCUUUUAGUAAUGUGAAGCACAAGGGGCAAAGCUGUAGGACAUGUAGGACGUCUGAUACACAAACUUUGUUUCUCUCUGUCACUUCAGCGUAAUGAUGUGUCCUCCUCCGGGAAAAGAUUGCUUUUGGACGUUGUCAUUUGUAACUAUCUUCCCCCCCGCCCCCUUUUUUUUUUGUGUGUGUGUGUUUCUACUUUAUACAUUUUUGGUUGUAUAGUAUUUGAUGUACACUGUACAUUUACUGGCAAUGCAUUGUGUAUUUGUACAUUGCACUACUACCUGCGUCAGGCCUGCACCACAUGGGCCAAGCUCACCUCUUCGCUAACUAUCCUGUCACUAUUCCCUACACACACGUGAGACACGGACACACUAUCAGCUCUGCAAGACACAGUAACAAAUGCCUAUCAAAGCAUAAAUUACAGUGGGUCACAGUGCUCCAUUUACUGCCUUAUAUGUAUAUCCAGUACAGGUGGAUCUACUCAACAUGCAUACAUUCAUACUGUGGUUUGUUUUUUCGGUAAAUAAAGCACUACUGCAACUUAUAGUUGACCGUACAAUUAUAGUCCGGCCAGAUACUGGGUUAAAGUGAAAUGACUAAAGCUGUUAAUACCAGUUAAUACCAGUUACUAUUUACAUUUUAUUUAAGCGCUUUCCGGGAUUGUUAUAAGGGUGAACAAGAUUCCUCGCAAUUGUCAAAUAUUUUCCAUAGUUACAAACAAAUUCAACAUUUACACAUUCCAUUCACUUGAACUCAAAAUAUGGCCAGGGUAUGAAUAAUAAUGGAGACAUCCUAGAGUUCCUAAUGUCAAAUCUGCAGUGGAAUUCUCAUUUUAGCUGCUGCCAACUCAUUUUGUCUUUCAAUUAUGACAAUUAUCAAUGUAGCUUUAAUAAAGCCUCACCAAGCGUGACCAGUAACCAUGCAAGUAAAUAAUGAUAAUUGUAUUUAGAAUUAGAUGCAUUAUGUGAGCUUUAUUGAAUUAUGAUGACAAACGUUUUAUGAUGAGCCUGCAAAAAGGUGUGAACAUGCAUGGAAAGCUAGAUACCCUUUAUAAAUAUACUACUGAUUCCAGGAGGGUAAUUGAAGAACAUGUCAAGACUGGAUAACUUAUCAAAACAACCAAGAUGGCCAUGCAAAAAAAAAAAAUACAAAAAAAAAAAAUCAAUUAUAAGAUGAUCUAAGAAUCCCAUAAACCCAGAGCAACCUACUGUUUGUAUAUUUAUACAUUCUUCUAUUAUUUUUUAUUUUAUUUUAAAGAGAUCUACAUAAACAUCACAGCACCCCUUACACAGCCGGUGAGCCCUUCCUUCAUUUUAGUGCUCAGUGUGUACAUAACAGUGCCAAAAAAGGUUUCUGCCACCCCACCCCCAACUCCGGAGGGCAGGGAACACAUUUAAUGUUUUAGUUGGGGCAUCCUUGUGGUUUUAACCUUACCAGUUUGUAAAUGCUUUGUUUUUCUUUUUUAGAUUUUUUUUUUUUUCUAAAGUGUGUACUACUGACAUGAAAGUUGUGUAACUGCACUGGGACCAGAGAGAAUUACAUAAAAAUUAAAAAAAAAAAUAAUAAUAAUAAUAAAUACAUUUUAAAAAAUGAAACAACUGGACUAAAAGCAAGGAAAAGACAAUUGUACAAAAUUUGUUUUUUUUCUGUGUUAUAAAAGAAUCAAUGUUUGAAGUACAACAAACCUUUUAUGAGAAAUGUGUUACAAUUACUUCCUGGUAGACUAUUAAUAGAGUAUCAAUAUAUAUUAUAUAAAUAUAUACUUUUUAUGUGCAGAUGUGGAUGUCACAGCAGCAACAUUAUGAAAAAAGACCAUGUAGGAUGUUCACUUUUUACUUUCCUGGUCAACACACUGAAUUUUGUCGACUUUUCUGUGGUAAUGUUGCUAUGUGGAGUAGAUUAGCUAAAGGCUUGUGGAUCCAUGCUUUCACUCAAAACAAACAUGAUUCCGAAGUUCUUGAAACUGUAAUAUCAGAUGUGAGCUAACACAAAUCAAAUCAUCACAAAUUUGAAAUUGUUCCCUCCCUCAAAACACAAAUCUGGUUUAUUGGUGGCAUUAACCUCAACUGAGUGCAUGGAUAUAUUGUCACAAAUUAAGCUGAAACCAAAUUGUGAUUUUUAUUUCUUUUUAACUGAGACAAUUAUACAACCUGACAAAGCUCUGUUUCUCCCUGUUAACUGUUUUUGGAAGGCCGAUAGCCCUGGGAAAAGACGCAUUGUAUUUGUUGACAGAUUCUUGACAACGUUGUAUAUGUCAUUGUGAUCCUGUGGCAGUAAAACCAACAGUAAGGACUUUGUAGAGAUUUUGACCUCGGUGGUUUCCAAACCACCAUGUUUUAAAAAGAGAAUUGUGAAUCUUUAUAUGCCUCAAACUGAUUGCAACUGCUCCAAAAUAUAAAUGGUCCAUUGAAGAGGAAA